AUGAGUCCCCGAAAGAUAACUUCGUCGAUGAGCAGCACUCGGGCUGUGUGUGGUAGACCUGGUCGCCAGGAUUACAUGAAUCGGUCAGAGAUGGAGUCUGAGGCCGAGUCCCAGCCUGAGUCCAGUCCCGUGGAUAUCCCCACCCGAUUUGGAACACUGGCCUGCAGUGGCAGUUCCUACUAUUCUUCACCAAACAGCUCUGUGGGUUCUUCAGCUGGCGGCGACCGAGCUGACUGCGGCAAUGACGACAUCUCUGUCGUCUCUGGUAGCCUCGACGGCGAGCCCAAGCUGACCAUCAUGGACCUACCGACCGAAUUGCACCUCACCAUUGUCGAGAUCUGCUUCCUGCUCAACAGCUACGGCGACAACCACAAGGCAAACAGGGGCAAGAAGUAUAUCGGCGGCGCCGUUCGAGACCUGACCCUGGUCAAUCACUACUUCCGUCAUCUCACUGCACCGUACCUCAUGAAAAGCAUUUGCAUCAAGGACAACACUGAGGCCACACUGAAAGAUCUUCUCAAGGAAAGCAUUCAGGCCAUCAUCACCAGCCCUCGCAUGCUCCAGUGGCUGCCCAAGAUCGAGAAGUUCACCGUGUCUCUGACCCGAACCCCCCAGCCGAACCACGCAUACGUCGAGGAGGACCUGAUCCUGGCCCUGGACCUGGUCCGACCCAAGGUCCAGCGCUUCGUCAUCGAGAAGGAGAGCACCCAGUGGCAGCUGCUCUGCCUGGUGGAGAACGUCUGGCGCAGGUGGGCGCAGAGCGGAUUCCCGCACCGUAUCUACGCCACCAAGCAGCUCGAGAUCUCGGCGCCAUUCGGCCACAACUGGGACUUCCAGUUCCUCGCGGGGCCUUACGUCAACAUCGAGCGCAUGUGGCUCGACUACAACUGCGACCUCCUCGAGCCAGCCACCCUGAAGCUCAACCGCCUCACGAACCUCGAGUACCUGAUGAUCCGGUCGUUCCCCGCCCGCUUCCUCGGCGACGCGUCGGACCUCGCCGGCUUCUACGGCUGGAACGAGCGCCCCGACCAGGGGUCCAGGCUCGCCGCGCUGGCCCGCACCCUCCCGCAGCUCAAGCACCUCGCCCUGGUCGGCCUCCUCAACGGCCCCGUCACAGACCUCGCCGAGCGCCUCGCACCCAUGCGCUCCCUCGAGCAGCUCGACAUCACGGACCAGCAGGCCAUCAGCGAGCAGCAGAUCAUGGACGCCCGGCGGGCCACGAACUGCAGCGACGCGGUGGACUGGGCCCUCGCCCACAGCCGCCUGAUCCGCGAGCAUCCGGCCAACGUGCCCCGCGAGGAGGCUGCCAGGGUCUUUUUCGAGGCGAUCCCCACCCUCAGGCGUAUCUGCUUUGUCUGGGACCAGGUCGGCACUGUGCUCCACCCGGUCCGCGACGAGGAGGACGGCGGCCGUGUCGUGCGCGUCGAGAUGGCCGAGCCGAUCUCCGCCCCGCGCCGGUACCUGAAAUUCCAGAGCCCCAAGGCAUGGCUGUGCGGGUUCCCCAACGUCCUGGGGUACCAGCUGUUUGACCGCAGUCCGGAGUCCCUCGUCGACACGAUCGAGUCGGAGCGUCGCUGGGGCCGUAGGAGGUAG